CUAGUUCCAACUCAAACCACUAACUAAAACCACAGCAUACAUAAAUACCUGCUGCCUGCGACUGCGACUGUCACUGUCAACCAGCCAACGCUGAACGAAAGGGUCGUCUCAUGGCUCACGAUCGCACCGAUGAUGAUGCAUCCGCCAACGUUCCUCCAACCGCCUCCAUUCCCUCCGGCGACAACUCCGUCUGGGCCGAUGUAUCGCCGCUUCUCCAAUCCGCUUGCCAAGAUCUUCGAGAGGGCGAGCUCAUUCACGGCAAUAACUUCAACCUCUAUGCUGCCAUGUCUGCUUUGGAGAUAAUGGAUCCAAAGAUGGAUUCGGGUAUUACUUGUACUUACUACUCUCUCGAUGAAGCCAUUGAGAAUGGUGCUGCUCCGGUUCCCAUUAGUGAUGAUAAAACUACUGAUGUUCGAUGCACGAUUGACAUCAUGGACCAUCUACUGGCAUGUGAGGCCACAUGGCACAAGGGUCAUUCAUUGGCACAGACUGUUUAUUCUUGCCUUUAUCUCCUACGGCCUGAGAGGACUUCAUCAAAUGCCCUGUUGCACUCUUACUGUCAAGUCAUACGUGCUACCUGCAAAACAGUUCUUUUUUCUGUCUCCGAUGCACGUACACAUGAAGAAGAAGAUCUAUUUAUCAUGUCAUAUGGCCUUCCCUUGAGUGGAGAUAGAGAUGAAAAGUGUUUACCAAUGCUAAAUGCAGUUGAAGAAACAAUAUGUCGCCAAUUGCGUGCCUGUAAAGCAUCAUCAUCUCAAAGAAGAGUGCCAGAAGAUAUAGAGCCACUUCAAAAUAAUCCUGAUCUGGAAGAAGGCUACUGCAAAGCCCUGUUAUGCCGAUUACGUUUUCGUAAGCAUUUUUACCACCUUUUGAUGUCAAUGAAACAACCCCGAGGAGGAGGUUUGGAGUUGGCAAGAAAACACAUAGCUUCAUGUAUUUCAGAGAUUGAUAACAUGAAAAAAUCUUCAGAUUUUCUUAAAGCUAGUGCUCAGGAAAUGUCUGAACAAAACAUAGACAAUACAACAGCAUCUGGUUGUCAACCAAUUGGCUUUGAUGCUAGUAUAAACUGUAGAUUAUCAGCUCCAACACCACCACGGUCAAUCAAACUUUUUUGUUGGGAUAAGGCUCUCGAAUAUUUUAGGAAGCUCCUUCAAGAUUUAGACAUUGUAUGUUCAUGUUCAUUGGACCCAUCAUUGGAGGAUGCUGUACUCUUUGUGGUUAAGUUCCAGAAAUCUCAACCUGAUUUGGUGUCUAGAGCUCUUCUUCAGCUUCUGCUGGUCCAGGACGGGAAACUCUAUGGUCGGGAUUCUAUGUUUUCUAUGAUCACUAGAGCUGCUGGACUACCUCAAGCGGCAGAGAAUCAUGACAUUCGGAAAAGUGAAUUUAUGGUGCAACUAGUACAGAUGGUCAUAAAUUUACUCAAAAUCCUCUGUACAAAUGCUGCAUGGCAAAGGCGUAAACUAGGCAAAAUGUUACAAGAGUGGCGUGUCAUCUAUGUACAGCUGGAGCUAGCUUUUAAAAAGGAGUUUGGAGAAGCCUCAAGCACUUCAAAUGACAAGAAUAUAUGCUUCAAAAUAUACCAACAGAUUCUCGUGUGGGUGGAAGAGCAAACUUAUUGGAUAGCUUUUCGAUUUCUCUUUUUGGGAUUUGAAUUGGAACUUUAUUCUGUACAUGAUUAUUGCAUGGUAUACUGGUAUAUCUAUGUUGUGUUGAUCAAUCUUACGGAGAAGAAACAUAUCCGGAUGGCAAUGAGCAGUGGCCCUGCUUCCUGUUUAUCAGCUAGGAAAAAGGCAAAGAAAAAAAGGGAUCCUUCAAAAGAUGCGGGAAUGGAAUAUAUUUCUGCACCCGUCAAGUUUCUUCAGAGCAAAAUAUAUCUAGCUGAAGGGCUAGGCAUGAUGUUAGCUGCUUUAAGGAAUGAGCAAAGAAUUGUUCCCCCACAGAGCCCUUUCAAUACAGAGAAAGAGGUAUUUAAUCAGCAAUUCGAGCUUUUGCUGAAAGCUUGCAUUCCUGAUCACGUCUCGUAUUUGACAUUCCAGGACUCAACUGUCCGUGCCAACUUCCAUACUCUAGUUACGUGUGAUUACUUCAAGGAAGCUCAGAGGAUUGCAAAAGAGUUGGAAAGUAGUUUUGCCAAUGAUCCUGACAUGAUGGCGGAGCUACGCAGAAUAGAGCAAGUAGCAGAACGCAACAGCAUUGCUUUGAAUGUCAUUUGCAGGGUAGGAGCCCGAGAUCCAUCAUUGAAGAUUUCUUUUACAUUAUCCCAUCAUCCUUUCUUUGUUACUGCUAUUGUGAAGAGGUCCUGAUGGCAGAUUCAACCGAUUUUUGGAACAUGUUGUAGGGAAUUAGGAGCACGGUUUACAUCCAUUAGCAGCUGUAAUUCUAAUGUUUUCCCAAACAAAUUUUGUGGUUCAUAUAUUAAGAUUGAAAGUUGUAAUUUUUUAGGAAAAAUAAUAAAACAUUUAUAGCAAUUUUUCUUCCAUGGUUGCACCUGUUAAGCUUAGAACUUUUUGUUUUGCAAGUGCCUUGACACCCGUGAGCAAUUUGAGUAUUUGCUUCACUCUUGUAAUUUGUUAAAGCAUAUUAUGUUGGACUGAAAUGUCAUGUUUAGAAUGUGUUUACGCUAUGAAAACAAAAUAUUUCAUGAUACAA